UGUUGGUUUUGCUCAAGUGUCUGGUGAUUGGCCAUUCAUAGGAAGGACUAGAUCACUACGGUGUGCUGUCCCCUACCUGUGUUGCUCACCAUGGAAGAGAUGGGGAAGACUGAUAUCCAGCUGCAGAGACCUAUAAAGACUGAGUGGAAUCCCCGGUGUGUCCUCUUCACCUAUUUCCAAGGGGACAUCGGCAGCGUAGUGGACGAACACUUCUCCAGAGCUCUGAGCAAUGUCAAGAGCCCCCAGGGAUUGAGCCCCUUGAGCCAGAGCACAGAUGUGAUCCUGAGGAAUGAUAGUGACAUGCCUCCAAAUCAGUGGCGUUUCUCUUCUCCGUGGACAAAGCCAGAGCCAGAAGCAUCUUUUGCAUAUGGUGCCCCCAACUGCAGUCUCAUGACUCCGGAUCAGUAUCCACUGUCCCUGGCGGGGAGCCCCUCCAUUCAGUCUGAUGAGCUGUGGCAUUACCCCUCCCUAGGCAACCCCAGCUCCUCAGAGUCUGGCUACUCUCAGGCCUACUCCAGUGGGCACAUGGUUCCAGAGCCCCAGCCUGAGGGGAAAUAUGAGCCUUUCCUAAGUCUCCUCCAGCAAGACCGACACCUAGCCCAUCCUCAGGAAUCCACAGUGUGGGAGGAUUGCAGCUCUGCCCAGGUAGCCAGAAGUGUGGGAUUGCUCUGUGACUUGCCUCCCAGCUCAGCCCAUGAUAAGAAAAUAUAUUUCCCCCCAGAUGGUGGACCUGCCAGUGCCAACCUUGCAAGUGAAAAAAGCCAGUCUCCAGAGCGAAGAAAUGUGUUCUUUUAUUGAACCUCAGUCCGAAGAAGAGAAUUCCUUUUUCCAAACCUGCUCGUGAUUUUCUACUGUGAAUCUAGAGGGUCUAGAGACUGCACCGUCCUUUUUUCUCUUUCUGUCACUACAGAGCAUUGCGCCAGGAGCACGUUGCUGUUCCCCGCAAAAUCUGACACUUCUCUUCCUUGGCACCUGCGCCCUGUGGCAGGAGUUUUCCAACUUGAGUGACUCACCGGCACGUGAAAUGGUUAAAAGAGCAGUUCAGGGAUGGGAACCAUAGAGGCCCCCCACUGCCUGCUUCUCCCACCUUCCCUGCACCUGCUGCCCUCCUACUUAGAAAUCAGUCCCCUUAACCCUCUACCAGCAGGGUCUUUCAAACCAAGACACCAUAUGGUGUGCUAUGGGGUUGUCCCACUUUGCCAACUGAAUGGAGGAGAUACCAGGAGUGGCCUGAAGCUGUCUAGCCUUAACCCAGACUCUGGCCAGCCGGCCUCAUGCUUCUACCAAAGGCAAAAUGAGAAUGGGGUGGGCA